GAAGCAGUUUUGUAAGGGCGGAGCUUCGACCGGAUGUUUCGCCUAUACCACUCGACGCAGGCGGAUGUGCAAGCGUGUGAAAAGGAAAGUGCAAGGCAAGAAGACACAAUGAACAGCCGCGGACUCCGUUCUCAGCUUAAAGACAGCGUACCUGUGGCCGGACUGUGUCCACAGGGAGCUUAUGGGGUGCAGGACUCUCUGCGGAGCGGCUUCACGAGUGUAAAGAAUGAGCUUCUUCCAAGCCACCCACUGGAGCUGUCAGAAAAGAAUUUCCAGCUUAACCAGGACAAGAUGAAUUUCUCUACGCUCAGAAACAUCCAGGGUCUUCACGCUCCACUCAAAUUGCAGAUGGAGUACAGAGCAGCCAGACAGAUCCAGCGCCUGCCCUUCUUACCCAGCUCCAACCUGGCUCUGGACACCCUGCGAGGAAGCGAUGAGUGCAUCGGCUUCGAGGACGUCCUCUGCGAUCCAGGCCAGAGUGAAGUGAUGGGCGAGCCUCAUAUGAUGGUCGAAUACAAACUGGGAUUGCUGUGAAAGCUGAUGGACGUAGAAAAUACACAACAUGUUUAGGUUACUUUCUCCAAAAUAUAUUUUGAUUGUCCAUUCCAGGUCAGAAGUCAUCAGCUGGGCUGCUGCAGAGUUGUUUUUAGACACGUGUUAAGCAGAAGGUGGGCCAGAUGUAAAUUAAACAGAGAGAGUUAUAGCAGUCACUCGAACCAGUUUUCAUGGCUCCUUUUUUGUUGUGUUUGAAUCUGGUUAAUAUUUCUAAUAAAUGACAUUCUUCUUCA